AUGAACGCGACUAUGCAGUACGCCAAUACAAGGGUGUAACUUUUUCGCGUAUAUUAUUAGUUCGUUGGUGUGCCCUUCGAAUGUGCGCAGAAUUUCUUUGUUCAUGGAUAAUUUGGUAGUUUUAUUACGGGUGCAAUUUUUUAUAAUUUUAUUUGAUAUGUGUGAACUUUAAUUAUUGUAAUUUUUCUAUAUAAUAAUAAGGUUCAUUUUCAUGCAUGCACAACUUUUCUACUGUGUAUCGCAGAAAUGAAACACGACGAUUCAAGUUAUUCGAAAGGCGAUGAGAAAGGGAGAUCACGCACUGAAGAUCAUGAAAAGGCGGGUUUUUAUCCAAAAACUGAGGAAGAACGUCGACGACAACGUAGACGUGAAUGGAGCAUACAACAAGAACGACUACGACAACAUGAGAGGUUGAGAAGGAAGAAGAUUUUAGAAUUUGAAAUACGUUAUGCUCGUUCGAAAGGUUUACUUCAUCCCAGAGGAAGAUGUUUUCAUUAUAGUUGUAGCAAGAGUAAAAGCAAGUCUCCAGACAAUCAUCAUAGAAGAACUUCUGAACCAAAUGCGCCUAAAACAUCCAUAAUGUCUGAAAAAUUAGAACCAUCAGAUGGUACAAUACCUUUAUUUAAGGGCCCAGAAGUGGCUGGUGAACUUCGACGAGACAUUGUCAAUCCUGAAGAUGUAGUGCUCAAAAGAAGAGCGGGAGAGGGAUGCAAACCUAUAUUUGAAAGAGAAGAAAUAAAUGGUGGAGCAAAUACAACAGAAGAAAUUGUGGAACAUCGUACAAUUAUGACUGUAAAUAAUGAAAAUUUAGAGAACACAUCGAAAACGGCUAAAAAAUAUACAGGCUCUUCAAGCUCUGUAAGAAGUUCAAGUCACAGUCCUCGACGCAUAUCAUCUCGUCAUUCCAGGUGCACAGAUCAGAAACAUGGUAAUGGAGAAAGUUAUAGAACCGAUAGGAAAAGAGGUCGCAGUGAAGAUAGAAGUAGAAAGUACAGAGAAAGUUACAAGGAAAAGGGAAGACGACAACCUCACGACGUAAAAGAGCAACAUUUGCGAGAAAGAAAAAGUCGUCGUGAUUAUUCACGUUCGAGGGAGAGAGAUUUUCAUCACAGAUCGUUUAGUUAUGACAAAUCAUACGGAAAGUAUAGAGAAAGGCCAGGAGAGCGAUCUCGAGAUAGCUCUAGAGAACAUAGACUACCACCCGCACACUAUAUCGAGCCAAUUCCUGUUCCGAUUUAUUAUGGAAAUUUUCCUCCGAGACCAAUAAUGGUUGGACCCUUGGUUCCAAUUCGGGGACAGGUUCCUUUAGGUGGUAAUAGACAUCCUAUGAUGGGUCCAUUGAGACCAUUUCCACCAAGAUUUAUUUCUCCAGAUAUGUAUAGAUUGCGUGCACCCCCAAAUCCUAGAUUUGGUCCAAUAUAUUAAUGAAACGAUUUGUGGCAAAAUCACGACGAGUAAGAAACUAGGGGAAUUAUUUUAUGGUACAAUACGUAAACGUAUGGUACUUAACGCACUAAAUAUUAAUCGACAUUCUAGAAGAAUUCAAAAUUCUGAUGAAUAUUAUAAGGGG